AUGUCGCCUCUGAGGAUCCUCUGUCUGCACGGGUCCCGCCAGACGGGCGACAUCUUCUACCAGCGGAUCAGCAAGCUGCGCGCCCGGGCCACCGGGCUCGCGACCUUCCACUUCAUCGACGGGCCGCACACGCUGCCGCAGGAGGACGGACAGGACAUCCCGACGCGGUGCUGGUGGAGGAGCGCGGGCACGCUGGGCAGGAGCGUGUCGAAGGACGAGAUUCUGAGGGACUGGUCGGCCUCGGCGGACGUCAUCAGGGCCGAGUGGUCGCGCGGACGGUACGACGGCGUCCUCGGCUUCUCGAACGGCGCCGCCGCGACCGUCGUCGCCGUCCUGAGCGGCCUCCUCCCGCGGUGCAAGUUCGCGAUCGUGGCCUCCGGGUACGCCGCGCAGCCCAUGGUCGACGACGUCGCCGCGGCGCGCACGGACAUGCCCGACGCGACGCCGACGCUGCACCUGUUCAGCGAGAAGGACACCGCCGUGACGGCCGAGCAGUCCCGCGCGGCCAUGACGCUCUUCCGCUCCCCGGAGUCCGUCGCGCACCGCUCCGGACACGCGCUGCCGCACACCGCCGCGGAGAUGGACAGAAUCCUCGCGUGGGUCCGGCGGUUCGCGGACGCCCCCCGUGCCGCUGAGGAACCGAGCGACACCCCCGCCGCUGCGGAUGACUUCGAUCCAGAGGCGUUGUCGCCAGACAUUAGGGACGAGCUGGAGGCCCUGAGCGCGAUCUACGGCGAGGACGUGCGCGUGCUGUCGUCCACCAGCGGCGGCCAGCCGCGCCUGAUCGCGUCCGUCGUGCUCGCGCCGCAGCCCGGCCUGGACGGCCCCGCCGCAGCCACGCCCCCCUCCGCGGCCUUCCGCGUCGUGCUGACCAUCGACCCGCAGACGUACCCCGCGCAGCCCCCAGCGGUGGACAUCUCCGGCCCGCUGUCGCGCGUCGACCCGCGCCGCGCGACCGUCCUGGCCGCCGUCCGCGAGGCCAGCGAGGGCAUGGUGGGCGAGGCGAUGGUGUACACGCUCGCGGAGUGGACGCGCGAGUUCCUGGACGAGAAGUUCGGGCCGGGCGGGGACCUCUUCUCCGAGAGCGUGCACGGCGCGGGGGGCGGGCUGUCGGGCCGCGCGGAGCCGGGCGGGGACGCUGACGUCAGGGGGGGGGCCGUCGAGGAGUGGUGGGAGGAGGAGGAGAUCGCGGAGGGGCUGGUGCAGGAGGCGACGGUGCAGGCGAGCAGGAUCUGGCAGGGCCUGGGGCAGCAGGGGCGGAUGGAGAUACAGGAAGCGAGGGGCGGCGGGCGGCUGGACGUGGUGGUCGGGCUCGUGGGCAAGCCGUCAGCGGGGAAGAGCUCGAUCUUCAACGGCUGCUGCAAACACUUCCCGGGGUUCCGCAUGGCCGCGAUGUCGCCGCAGCCGUUCACGACGAUCGACCCGAACGUCAGCAGCGGCGUCGUCGCCGUCCCGUGCCCGUGCAAGCCCGCGGGCGUGGGCGGCGCGUGCGGCGGCGGCGAGCUCGGCCACACCGCGUGGACCCCCUGGCAGCAGAACACCGCAUUCUGCCGCCUGCCGGCCAGCCUCCGCGACGGCACGUACGCGUCCGCGUGGGGCAGGGACGAGGCGUGGCGUCUGCACAAGAUCACGGUGAAGGACGUCGCGGGCCUCGUGCCGGGGGCCUACCAGGGCAAGGGCCGCGGGAACGCCUUUUUGAACGACCUGCUGGACGCGGACGCGCUGGUGCUGGUGGCGGACGCGUCGGGGGAGACGGACGAGGCCGGGUGCGCGGCCGCCGCGGACGGCGCGGACGCGCACUCGAUCAUGGAGGAGACGCGGUGGGUGCGCGCGGAGCUCCACCGGUGGAUCUACACCAACGUGCGGCGGAAGUGGGCGUCGAUCCGGAGGAAGCCGGCGAAGAUCAAGGACAUGCUCUGCGGGUACCGCGCGUCGCAGGCGUUCGUCCGCGGGAUUCUGCAGCUGUCUGGGAUCGACGUGCACCAAGAGGAGAAGCUGCGGUACACGGAGGUGCUGCAGUGGGGCCCCCGGGCGCUGCACCUGUUUGUGGCCGUGUUCCUGCAGGCCCGGUUCCCGCUGGUCGUCGCCAUGAACAAGUGCGACCGGCCCCGCGCCGCAGACCGCAUCCGCCGCGCCAUCUCCGAGUCCAGCGAGGGCGACUUCAUGGUCCCGACCUCGGCCACCGCCGAAGCACGCGACAUCACCAACGACAAAGGCGCGGAGGAGGCCGCCGCGCGGGUGACGCAGAUGUACGGGGGCACGGGGGUCCUGGCGGCCCUCACGUCCGCGGUCGCACUCGCCGCGCCCGUGGCGGUGUUCCCGGUGCGGGAUCUCGACGAGCUGGUCGGUGCCGACCCAUCCCUGAGCUCCCGGGGCCGCCGCGGGGUGAACGCGAAUGCGGCGGAGGCCGACACCAGCGGGGAGGCGGAGCGGGCGUCCGGCGUGCUGCUCAACUGCGUCUUGAUGAAGCCGGGCAGCACGGUGUUCAAGGCGUACGACGUCCUGCGCAAGCCCCCGCUGGAGAUGGUCGACGGGGACUUUGUGCGCGCCGAGUGCCUCCCGAGGUCGCUCGCGCACCGGCCCGCGCGCAAGGAAGAGACGCUGUCGCCGGACACGCGGAUCGUGCGGAUCAUGACGAACAAGCGCCGCGCGUGGCAGGGUCGCUGA